AUGACUUGGAUAUGGUGGAUUUUUAUCGUUAGUAUCCUUAUAAUAAUUUUAUAUAUUUCGAAUAUAUAUUAUUGGUCUGGUACACGAUGCCCAUCAUUCGAUCGAAUGGAUGGAAAAACUGUUAUUAUUACAGGAAGUAAUACUGGAGUGGGAAAAUAUACAGCUAUAGAAUUAGCAAAGCGAGGUGCUCAUAUAAUCUUGGCUUGUCGUGAUCGAAAACGAACAGAAGAAGCAUUGAAAGAAAUAUGUAAAUUAUCAGGAAGUAAUAAUGUAGAAAUUGAAAUUAUUGAUCUUGCUUCAUUAAAAUCAAUUCAAGAAUGUGCUAAACGUCUUUGUGGAAGAUUAUCCAAAUUAGAUGUUCUGAUAAAUAAUGCUGGAGUAAUGAUGGCAUCAGAAAAAUCUGUUGAUGGUUACGAAAUUCAUUUUGCUGUUAAUCAUCUUGGUCAUUUUCUAUUAACAAAUCUUCUCUUAGAUUUAAUGAAAAAUGCUCCAUCAGCUCGAAUUAUUAAUGUAUCAUCUACAAGUCAUGCUUUUUUAAAUAUAACAAUGAAUUGGGAUGAUAUUAAUUUCACAAAGCCCUAUUGGAGAAUCAAUGCUUAUUCACAUAGUAAAUUAGCAAAUAUUUUAUUUACAAAUGAAUUAGCACGAAAAUUACAAAAUACAAAUAUUACUGCAAAUAGUCUGCAUCCUGGUUGUGUUCAAACUGAAAUCGCUCGAAACAUAUUAGGAGGUCAUUAUCAAAUAAUAUUAAACACAUUAAUUCUUAUUUUAACACCUAUAUCGUAUUAUUUAACUAAAACUCCUGAACAAGGUGCUCAAACAUCUAUUUAUCUAGCAUCUGAUCGUCGUUUGGAUCAUGUAACAGGAAAAUAUUUUAAGGACUGUAAAGAAUGUUCAUCAUCAAAAACAUCACUUGAUCAACAAGCUGCCAAACGUCUUUGGAAACUAAGUGAAGAAAUGACACAUUUAGAUGAUGCAUUAAAAUAUGUGCGAAAUAAUUAA